UUGCUUCGGUUCCAAAGGACUGGUUUGGUUCUGGCAACCGAAGAUUUCGUAUCGAAAAGAUCCUUUCCCAUACACAAAUCCAAAAAAUGGAGCCUCUUACCAAAAAGAAAGUAUCACAGCAGGUUUUCUGCCCUGCCUUUACCAAUGAUUAUCGUGUCGUGAGCGGGAAGUGCGGGGGGGAGGGAUUAGGUAUGGUUGCAAAUCGGUUUAUUGCCAAAGGAGACCCCAUUCUCUUGGACAGCCUUGAGUUCUUGUUUUCCGACGUGGAAGAUGGUGACUCUCUGCGCCUUCACAAUCACGAAAUGGCGUCUCUGGCGGCCAGAUAUGAAAAAGGUGAAGGUCCAGUCCCCGAGCUCUAUCCAAUUACGAAAGAGAUGCUCCUGCAAACCCAUGGUGUCCCAACUUUGAUUGAAAAUUCCGACGAGGAGGACAAGCCUGCUGAGACAUGGAGACUGGAGGUACCAUGGAUGCUGAUGAACCACAGUUGCGAUCCCAGUACCAUUGAUUCAAGUCAUAAAGAACCAGAAGGCGAGGCAAUCGCUGCUAGAGAUCUUUAUCCUGGAGACGAGCUUACCUACGAUUACACCCAUCAGCUCUUCUGCCAUCGUCACAGCUUCACUUGUUUGUGUGGAGCCGAAAAGUGCAGGGGUAUCUUUGCUGGCUUUCAAGCUCUUGAUGCCCAGGACAAGGAGAAGACGCUGCCUCGAGUCAGUGAAUACAUCCGAGCUCGACACGAAGGUGUCCAGAUUGAAAAUAAGCAGGCUGUUUUUGACACCAGGGAUAAGCCUCACACCGAAAACAACCGAAGCAAUGUGCAAGGAGACGACAAUGUCAUUCGGCUCGUGUUUCCUGGGCCCAGCUGCUCGGAUUCGGAUGUUCUCGUGAAACAGAACGCUAAAACGGCAAAGCUUGGCUUAUACGCAAUGAGGGACUUUGAUCGUGGCGAGCUGGUCUACAGCUUCUGGAAUCAACAAUGGCCGGGCAAUGCCAUCGUGGACAUGGUCGCGGCCACCCAACUGCGAGAGAGCGAUUUGCCUGAGGGCACAGUAGCUCGAAUGAUUCCCGAAGAGUGUGCUUUUAUCGAUUGUCAAGGUCAAAACCGCUUCUCCGGCUACGACAUGUUCCGAACCCAUUCCUGUGAUCCCAACACCACCUACAACCACAAGACGGAAGGAGAGGAUGAUGAAUGGAGGAGUGUCUAUGCCGUCAAACCGAUUCGCAAGGGAGAGUUAUUGACCCAAGACUUUAACACGAUUUGGUGGGAUAGAUCGACAGCUCCAAGCAUCAACAGUUCAGGUAUCUGUGAUUGUGGCGCCUUCAAUUGCCGGGGCACUGCAAAUGGUUUCAAGUUCGUCUCCAAAGAUGGACAAGACGAGCUCAAGGCCAUGUCUUUGUUCCGCGAGUUGCCUCCCUAUCCGACGGGACGUGGCGGUGUGGUUCGAACCGGAGAAGUCUUGGCUCCUCACAUUCAAAUCCAAAUGCGACUGGCCAAUUCAGAGAAGCACGGAAAUCCUACUAGUCCAUUGGAAUACGAAUCCAACUGCUUGUUUCCAUCAUCAUGUUCUGACUCGGAGUCUGAGACGUCAUGCAUGUCCAGCGUUUAAGUGCCGUCUUCUUUCCUUUUCAGUUGUUGAGCACGUGAGGGUGGUGAGGCGAAAUGUACUUGUGAUUGGCCUUUUGCAUGCUGUAUGUAUAGGCUAGCUACGUCCGGUAGGGUUAUAGUAGUUGUGAUAACUGCAAGUAACGUACCGGUGGGUUCAAUCUCCUUGCCAACGGAUGUUCGAACUACCGAUUAGAAGCUUAGUUGAUACCAUUUA